ACAGCUUGGAGCUCCAUCGACUCUCAGCAUUACGCCGCAACCACACCCUCACCCGUCCGCACACACUACGACACCGCGUCAUGGCGUCGAAUAUCGAACAAUCGCCAUUCUUCCAGGAGCAGAAGUCGAAAGGCGAAAUCGUUGUCAAGGACCCUCCCAAGUUUGACCUGGAAUCGUACAUUGCCAAUUACACCGGCUACACACGAAUCGAUCGCCUGCACCACAUCGGCGCCCACUCGCCAUACCUCGCCUCAGACGCUUACCGCCUCGCUAUCGCCGAGGCAAAGAGGGGAAAGAAUGUUGAUUUAUACACAACACUGGUAGAACAGUUCAGCCGCAUAGCACCACAGGACCCUGCGUCUGUGACAGAUACAGCAUGGGUUGAGAAGAAGACGCGGGAAGUGCGCGAGGAGCACGACCGACUAGAGCAUGAGCUCAAGUCAUACAAGAACAACUUGAUCAAGGAGAGCAUACGAAUGGGCAACGAGGACCUCGGUCACUUCUACUACGAUACCGGUGACUUUAGUAACGCACUCAAGGCCUACAUGAAGAUGCGCGAGCAUUGCACCUCGCCCAAGCAUCUUGCAGACAUGACCCUCCGCCUCGUAUAUGUUAGCAUCGCACAAAAGUCAUGGACAAAUGUAUUGGCAAAUCUGGCCAAGUCGGAAGCCACUCAGAUUAAGGGCGAUGACAAGGCCAAGAUGGAGCCCAUCAUUUCUGCUUGCAGCGGUCUAUGUCACAUGGCUACUGGCAACUACCGCGAAGCUGCGACAGCGUUCCUUGGUACCUCAGCGGCAUACUUGACUGCAGAGCCAGCAGCGUACAUUACAUGGCAGAAGGAAGUCAUUUCGGGUAACGACAUUGCGGUAUACGGUGGUCUUUGUGCGCUUGCCUACAUGGACCGCAGCGAUUUGCAAAACAAGGUGCUAGCAAACAGCGAAUUUCGUAACUUCCUUGAGCUCGAACCUCACAUUCGCCGCGCUAUCAACCUCUUCUGCAACUCCAAAUACAGCGCAUGUCUCGAAGUGCUUGAAGGCUACCGCAACGACUAUCUCCUCGACGUAUAUCUGUCCAAGAUGCUGAACACCAUCUACAGCCGGAUCCGGACAAAGAGCAUCGUGCAGUACUUCAUACCCUUCAGCUGCGUCACGCUUGACGAAAUGACGUCCAAGUUCCCGCCAGCGGAAGGCCGGACCAUCGACGAAGAUCUGGAAGAGAUGAUCAACCAGCGUGUUCUUAAUGCGCGGAUAGAUCUCGUCGACCGCCUACUCAUCUGUCCACCCACAGACCCCCGCCACGACGUACACGCCGACGCUCUCAAGAUGGCCGAGGAGUACGACCACACCCUGCGCCUUCGAUUAACGCGUCUCAACUUGCAGGCAGCGAGCAUGGAGAUUUCAUCAAACAAGUCGAAUGAAAAGUCAUCUGGUAUGGGUGGAAGCAUCGGUGACACUUUCCGCGGUUUGGGUCAGAAGAUAGGGUUUUAGGAGACACCUAAGAUGACCAGGGGAAAUAACGACGACGUCAAACACGAUGAGAUGAUGGACGUGGAUUAGCGCAGGAUGGAGAGUUUGCGCGGCUGGCAUUGCAAGGCGUUUUUGGAGCGGCAUGGCGUACAUAUACAGGCUGGGCAAGGACAUCAAGCGGCAUUCUGGCGUUGGAAUGAUGAGGCAUUGCAGUAAACGGAGCUGUCUAGUACCAGAUAGCUGAGUCAACACGUCAUGCAGAAGCAUAAUUAUACCAUGGUCAUUCCUUCAUUCAAAUUCGUAACAUGCGUGUAUAUAGUGUGCCAAUCUUCCCGCAAAUGGAAGAAGAUAUAUCCUGGGUAUC